AUUUGAUGACCUUGGAGCGCUGAACCAAUCGCCUCAAUCGUCCUUCGACUAGUUACGAUCAAACCUACAGAGAAUUUCUAUAUGAAUAUUUCCAUUUCUCUCCGCCAUCUCUCUACAUCUUUUAAAGGAGGAAUUUUCAUAAUCUUAGUAUCAAAGAAAUGGCCAACUUAGCUUUAUGUCGUAUGGUUCGAAGUGCGUCCGUUCUUUCACGAUUAUCUAUAAAAAACAACAUUUUUGUAUCGCCGAAAGCUCACGGGUUUUUAAGACAAGUUGAGUCAGCCUCCCCUUUUUCAACUUCCUUGCAGCACCCAUUGAGAGCAUCUUCCGGGGCACUGUCCCAUUAUUCACGAAAGGUGCUCUCCGAGCUACCAACAUCAUCACUUUUACAAUGCCGUGCAUCAAGCACACACGGAGAUCACGUGCGAUUGUGGCAAAUUGAGCGGAUUGUCUCGGCUGCAUUUAUUGUCUUGCUGCCGGCGUGUAUUAUGUUAGAAAAUUCAGUGGUCGAUGCCCUUUUUGCGACGCUGGUUGUUAUGCACGCUCAUUGGGGUCUCGAGGCAGUAGUUUUGGAUUAUAUACGUCCCAGCAUAUUUGGUAGUAUUUUACCCAAAGUCGCCUUUGGCACGCUUUACCUUGUCUCAGCAUUAACAUUCGUUGGUCUUCUUGCCUUGAUUUAUAACGGACCUGGUAUUGGAAAAACAGUAAAGAACUUGUGGUCUAUCGGCAGCGAGCCUUCAACCAAAAAAGCAUAAAAGCGAUAAUUCAACUUACGAAUUUGCGCUUUAAUAUUUAUUACUUAAAAUUUGUUCAGUGACUAUACAGGCAUACGCUGAAUAGCAAUAAUAAAUGAAGGACCUUUAGUUUCAAGAAAA